UACAGCUUUGAAGACAACAUUUUAAUAUCCAAAAAUCUAUAUCUUAAAAUCUAAAAUCUGUUUUUGACAACUGAGCGAGAUGUAUGUUUAAAUCCUCCGGUGGUUCCUGUAAGCGUUGUAUCUUGAUCUUUUGGUCAUGGUUUACAAGUUGCAAAUGAUUCAUUCUGCUGUUCGGAAGCAUAUCUGUCGCAGAUGGUGUGUUUUGUGUGUAAAGUAUUCUGUAAUUUGAGUUCAUCUUGUUUAGAUCGACCAGAAAUAUGAGUGACCAAGGAUUCGUAGAAAUGACCUCAUCUGUCAACCAGUCGACAGUUACAAACCAGACAGCAGUCGACGGUUGUGUUGAGGUCGACACCUCGGCAGACCCUUUCUUCAUCGUUGUCUACAGCCUGGUGUUUCUGGCCGGUUUCUCCCUCAAUGCCUUCAUCAUGAAGUUUUACUUCUGCCGAGCUCAUCGUAAGGCAUCCAGCAGCAUGACAGUUUACCUGAAGAACUUGGCGGCUGCUGACUUCCUGCUCUGCCUCUGUCUCCCCAUCCGCAUCACAAAAUACGUCAGCACCACCCGCCUUGUCUUCUGCCACUUUGGAUUCUCUGCCUUCUUCCUCAACAUGUACGCCAGCAUCCUGUUCAUGGGAUACAUCGCUGCUAACAGGUAUCUGAAGAUCGUCCAUGGAUCUGCAGCACCUCACAUCCUGCAGACGGUGCGGGCUGCACGUAUCAUCUCCACUGUCUCCUGGGUUUUCCUCCUGGCCCUGACGAGCACCUACAUCAUCAUGUCAUUCCACAGUCUAAAACACUUGACCUCUGUCCCAACAAGGUGUGAAACCCUCCACAGUGACCAGCUUGCUGUGCUCUACACAAUCAUAGACACUUUCUCCACCGUCAGCUUCCUGUUUGUCCUGGUCUCCUUGAUCUUCUUCUAUUAUAACACCUCCCGCAGGGUGUCAGAGGCGCGGCAGAGGCAGCCGACGUCCUCCAGCUCCAAGAAGCUUGCAAAGUCACACAGAAACAUGUUGGUGCUGGUCUGUGUCUUCUGCGUCUGCUUCGUCCCUUUCCACAUGUUUCGCCUUAUCGACAUAUUCCUUCGGAAGAAUUGUUCUAUGAGGACGGUUUCUUAUUACCUGAUGGAGGUGACGGUCAUGGUUUCAGCUCUGAACGUCUGCCUGGACCCACUCAUCUACUUCAUCUUCUGCAAGGCGUUCAGAGCCCAGCUUAGCCGGAGAGGGGAGGCUAGAAACGGAUAAUUACUGUACAUAACAUUUUAUUUGCCAGGAAUGUAAUACAAAUUAUAGAUUACAAUAAAUAAUUAUUUAAUUAAAACUAAUUGAGGGGCUCUGUGGAUCUUUGUGUGGUGCUGGGAGCCAGUCGUUAAUGUUAGCAGGCUCCAGAUCUAAAUGACAGCUCUAUUAGAGGAGCAGAGAGGCGCUGAGACAAUGUGUAUAAAGUCAAAAGUUUGGACUGUCCUGGAAAUCUGACCCGAGUCUUUCACAAAGAAAUCUACAGUCCAGCAGCAUUCAACAACUUCAACAAAUCAUCCACAGACUUGUUCAGUCAACUGAGCGAGAUGCAGAAAGUCUCAUUUUCACGUCAUUUUACAUUCUGUGUCUGUAAAAUUGCAAACGCGGUCAAUUGUGACUCUUUCUGUUUAUAAAGAUCUAAUUGUGGAGACAGACGUUCUUCUCUGGGAUUAUGGAUCUGGGUAUCAGACUGAGGUACACAAUCUGUGGAUCCAUCACUUCAACAGUCUGAAUCACAGCAUCCCAGCAUGUUUAAUUUUAAGCGUGACUGUGGAAAUAUGUGAGUGAUCAGCACUAGUCUGAACACACUGUGUCCAGCAUUGUUGCUGUUAACCCGAUUACCUGUUUUCUAUGUGGGUGUACCUUGAUUACUUUACAUUCCUUUUGGAUUACCUCAGUACCAAACACAUGCAAAAU